AUGUCUCUAAGCAUGUCCUUCUGGCCCAGCUCCGUGAGCAUAGCCUCAUGCCGCUGCUUGCGUUUCGCAUGGGAGCCCACUGAGGAGUCGGAUGGGGGCAAGAACAUGAUCGCGGGCUUGCUCUCCAUGCAACGCAUGAGUGCUGGGCGCCUGAAGCGCUUCGAGGCGCGCGGCGCGUCGCCGCAGGAGCUCCCCAUGCUGGCCAACGGCCGGAUUCUCGGCUACCAAGAUGGAGUGAGGGCCUGCGAUCUCAUCGAGGAGAUCGGGCAGACUGGAGGCAACCUUAGUUUGCAGGCCAUUCGUAACAUCUUGAAGGAGUUUCCCAGACUGGAUACCCGAGGACUUGGCGGCUUGGGUGGAGUGGAAUGCAUUGUGGUCAUACCCUGA